UCUGUGUAAAGGAUUAAUGGGCUUUAUGUACAAUCUUAAUUGAUUUCCAAUUUCCUAUAGGAAACCUGCGGCUGUGGCUGUCUUAGAAAGAGCAAUGGAGAAAGAGAAAGAGAAAGAGGCUGAGAAAUUAUGCAAGAGGUGUCAUCAAACUUACACUUCUCAAUCCAACACCUCUUCUUCUUGCCGCUUCCAUCCUUCCUUCUUUGUCUGCCGUCGUCACGACGACCAAAAAAGGUACUAUGAAUUGGGACCUGAUGAUCCGCCAUAUGCUGCCAAGUUUUAUGAUUGCUGCGGGGCUGAGGAUCCGGCAGCAUCUGGGUGCGCCACCAGCUUCCAUAUCUCAUAUGAUGAUGAUUGAUGUAAUAUGAUGGUGAAUUUAUAGAGUUGCUUGUUGAAUCGUAAAUACCCAAAAACGAUAGUGGAAACAUGGUUCAAUGCAGUGGGGAUUGCUCGUGAGCCAACUUGUAAGGUAAAAUAACUACUUGUUAGAAUUUCAAAUAAUUGAUAAAAUUACAAAUUAGGGGUUGGAUUAGUGAUUGAUUAUUCGUCCUUUGGAUUUUGAGGCUGACUUGGGGCUGCCUUUCUACCGGGCCAUUUUGUGUAAAAUCUCCAUUACCAGCA